AUGGCCUUGGUUUUGUUGGCUGUUUUAAUGCCGUUCUUUGGUCGGGCUGUUGCCUCUGCGUUCGUCUUGAAUGUUUUAUCACUCAAUGUCUUUGAUGUGGGUCCUCCUCACAUUAAACGACCUUCUCAGGUGAUAUUUAAGUCAGGACAACCCCUUGGUUUCUAUGGUUCAUGGCCAGUUUUCGCUCUUGCCCACCACGCUAUUGUAUGGUUGGCUGCAGAUAAUGUGUACCCUAGGUUUCUAUUUAGGCGCUACGCCAUUCUCGGUGACGAUGUGGUUAUUGGCGACCGUGAGGUCACUAAAGAAUAUGCUCGUCUUGGGUUCUAG